GGCACUCAGGCCUGCUGGCACAUGUAUUAAAUGUAGCUGCAGAACUGAAUACUGCUACUGCAGGAACAUCAAGGUGUGGAAGAAUCUUGGAGAGGCGAAGAUGAUGAUGCAGUUCCUUGCAUGGACUGCUUUGCUUUUUGCAGUCUCAACACAGGCUUGGGUAAGAGAGAGAAUGCAUCCAAUGGGUUGGGAUCGCUUUUCAAUUGCACCACAGAUUUCAAGUGGUAUUAUACCACAGUGAAUAGCCAUGGGUUCCCCCAAAGGAUUCUGGGAAGCAGAGGUGGAUUUAGGCAGGGCAAUCAGUUCCACCGUACUGGACACCAAGCCUAGAGUGUGCCACAGGGCGUCACAACUAUGAUGCUGUAAAUUGAGCAGGAUGUGAGAGGCAGCAGGCACUAAAUUUUGGCCCCAAUGGGGCACCACUGAAAUUUGAAAAACUAAAGUCUGCUUCUCCAGGGAAGUGUAGUUUGUUAUGGGUGCUGAAAGUGGCUAUGAGACGGCUAUUCCCCUCGCACAGCUACAAUGCCCUGAAUUCCUUGGGAAGAGAGAUUAAUUGUUAAACUACCCUGAGAGUUGUAGCACUGAGAGGCAAUUCCUUCAACCUACUUUGGGGUUGGGCCAGGCCUGUCAGCAGCCUUAACAGACGACACUUUGGGGGAAGCUGUGGCUGUUCAAAGUGCUAUAUUAGUGCUUUAGGUGCGUGGUGCAGAUGUUGCAGUUGAGUGCUUAAAGUCCUGGAUUUCUUGUGAUGUUACUUGCAGUGCUGAAGCUCUGAAUGGGCUUUAUGUUUUUGAGCCAGUUGAUGGAUAAGGGUUCAAACCAGAUUUGGGUGGGCCCAACAACAUGCAAACUCAACCUGAGAGAACGGUUGAGAACUAGGCCAGUUCCAAAUUUCAAGUUGCCCUCAGUGAUGUGAUGGUCGUGGGCCACAGCAGUGCCCUGAGAAGUGCUAGGCAGCUGGGUCUAGCCACAAUUUGGGGAGGAGUGUUUGCUAAACUCCUCACAUUUACAAACUUGGACUGGCACUAGCACAAGACAGUUGAUUCUGCCACCUAUUGGCCUUGCUCAAUUUAAAAGAGCAUCGGUUCAAAGCUUGGGCCUCAAAGAUUGAGUUGUAAGGAAAAGGGUACAUUUUUCAAGUUGUCAGAAAUACAUGAAUGUGUCCCUUCCAGGUGAUGUGACCUCUGUUUUGAUUGGUAUUCAUAUGUUUGUAAUUAAUAUGCAAAAUGUGCAUGCCUUUUCUAUCCAUGAGUAAGCCUUAACAGGGAAGUGCGUGUUGCUAAGUGGGAUGCAGAGGUUUGGGGAACAUUGUCGCAGCAAGUAUCCCAGAUGACAAUGGACAAUGAAUCAGAUACACGGAAUCGGGACCAGUAUCAAAGAUUGAUAUGGUCAGGCAUCUGCCAAGGCCUCAGUCAUAAGCAGGGCUCACGGAGAAACAGGGACGGAGAAGUUUGAUUCUUUUCAUUUAAAGGCAAAGCUUCCUAAUUCACACUUUCUAAAACAAUGUUUGAACUGAAACACAGCCAUCCUUGAAAAUUUGCUCCUCUCUGAAUUUUGCAAUGGAGUUCUCCAGCCAGGUAACAUGAACCAAAAUGCAUCUGCUGCAGGGAAAAGUGUAUAUAAUAAUACAUAUAUUGGUGAUAAAUAACAUACAAAUAGCAUUGUGUUAGGGGGAAAUUAUUUACUAAAAAAAAAUAUUUAUUAAAAAAAUGUAUAUGCUAGGCAACAAUGCAUACAAAUGUGUAUCUAAACAGAAAUUUGUACUAUCAGGAGGCCCUUUAAUAAUUAAUAAUAGAAAUAAAUAAAUAAAUAAAUAAAGUAUUUGUACCCCACACAUCUGGUUGGGUUUCCCCAGUCACUCUGGGUGGCCCCCAACAGAAUAUAAAAAUGAUGAAACAUCAAACAUUAAGAACGGCCCUAAACAGGGCUGCCUUCAGAUGUCUUCUAAGAGGGUUGUUUAACUUUUAAAAUAAUAAUAAUUGUAAGCAUGAACUGAUGUGAACAUGUAGGGAAAUCCACUUUAAAAGUAGAGAAAUAAGAAACCUGAGAAGAAGGGAAAUUGACAGAUUCACCCAUCCCUCCUGACAAGAAAUAGACACACCUGUCCCCCUCUCUCCUUCUCAUGGCUGCGAUUUGCUUGAUCACUUGCCUCUCACUCCGGUCCAGACAGCGGUAGUGGUGAAAGGGUUGGGCCACAGGUGCCACUGCCUCUCUUCUCAUUGGCUGUCUGCCUGUUAAGCCAGUAGGUGGUAGUAAUGGUGAAGUUGGAGGAGGAGCUGGUGGUAAUGUCAGUGACAAGAUGGGCUCCCUGAGCGUUGUGAAGGCGAAAUCACAGAAGUUAUCUUGUCCAGGGGUCCUCCAAACUCUGGAGGUCAACAGGGCACCUGUUUCCCAGAAUGCUUAGCACAGUGACACUGACAUUCUGCACCUGAGUGCAUCUCUGUAACUGGCCAGACAUCUUAGAAAUGAAAAUAAUGCCUUUUGUUUUCUUUUGUUUUCUUUUGUUUUCUUUUCUUUUGUUUUGUUUUGUUUUGCAGGGUGAUGGAGACGGGGAUGAAGAUGAAGACGGGAUGCCGGUAAGUUAAGCAAAGCUAGAUUUCAGUUACAGUGUCUCCCCUUUAAAACGAUUAAGGUUCAUAACCUGAAUGAGUGGGCAGCAACAGUUACCUCACAUCGGUUUCCACUCUGCACAGAAAUAUAUCUCACACACACUAAGGCUCUUGGUCAUCCAAUAUAGGAUUUUCUAACCACCACCCCCAUUCUAUUCUCACAACAACCCUACAAGAAAGAUGGUCAGUUGGCAGAGAGAGACUGGAUGCCCCAGCAUCAUCCAGGAAGUUCAAUGCCUGAGAAGAUAUUUGAGAUCUGACCUCUGAUACUCCAUCCUAGGGGUUCUCAAGCCAUGGUCUGUGAGCUACAUUCAGAUGGCUAGCAGCAUAUCUGUAAAAUACAACAAGAAUCCAUGCACCAACGAGGACAGCACAUUACAGUCACUACAACAGGCAGCAAUUUUCAUGUGGGGAAUUUUUUUUGCAACCAAGGAAGCUGUCCUCAUCUUGAACUGUGGUGGCCACUCUGACCAGAAGCAGCUCUCAGGGGCCUUUCAGUGGGGAUGACCAGGAUCAAAUAUGGGAAGCUUCUGCAUGCAAAUCAUAUGCUCUAUGACUAAGCUGUGGUCCACUCAACAAUCUUUUUUUGGGGGGGGGGAUCUCAGUUGCCCCAUUGAAAAAAAGCCCAAAGUUUCUGAUAAUCACACAAAAACAAAAGGAAACAAUAUGAACCAUUAUCUGGCCAUUCAGUUAAUAAUCAGGAAUGGCUGUGAGCAGAAUGCCUGCUUUGCAAGGGGUUGGAAUAGAUGGCCCUCAGGGUAGAUUCCAACUCUACAGUUCUAUGAUUCUAUGAAAUAAAUAUUACAGGGUGAUCUCUCCUUCUCCCCUCCCCUUUCCCUCUCCUGUCCAUCAGUUUAACAGUCAGUGUGGUGAUGAACUAGGGCCUGAGAGUUUAGAGUUCAAAUCCCCAUUCUCUCAUGAAGCACACUGGAUGACAAUGUGCCAGUAACAGUCUCUCAGCCUAACCUAUCUCACAUUCUCCUCUAAAUCACUGCCUUCCCACAUAUCCCUCUCUCUCAGUCCACAUUUUCCCAUAUCCUCUCCUUUUUGGAGUACCCCUGGUCUGAAAAAAAAAUCUAUAUUGAGUAAGGGGUAUGUGUGGGAAGGCAGUGAUUUAGAGGAGAAUGUCAUAUGGACAAUGGAGAAUCCGUGGAGAUACAGGAAGCUUCCUAUGCACAUUAAAUGUCAGCAUGGCUGAGUUCAAGAGAAUGGAGCAAAUGUAUAUAUGGCAUGUCUAAGCUGGAGUAGUAGAAUAGUGGAGCGUGGGAGGUUGGGGUGCAUGUCAUGUGUGGAUCAGUCAAUGCUUUCCCCCUCCUUUGUAGGAUCUAAUGUCCAUGCUUGGAGGUGGUGGCGGUGGCGGCUUAAUGGUAAGAAUUUCUCCAUCACCUUCUCCCGUUUUCUUCUGUGCUUUCCUUUGGUUGGUGGGAGGCAACUGGGAUAUAUUUUUUAAAAAAAAUUGCAUCAACCAAUGUCACAUGAGGUUGCUCCCUUGUUGAAGCUAAGCUGGUCUGCCCAGAGAUAGUUACCUGGUGUCCAUGGUAUGAUGUGAAGGCAGUUUUAAAUAAAUAAAUAAAUAAAUAAAUAAAGUGUAGGGCAGUUGUUUUUUUAAAAAAUAAGAAAAGAAAAAGAUUCUGGUCCACAUCAUGGCAAGAGAUAUCAAUUUCCUACCCUGGGGAAGACAGCAACUGUUGCACAGUAUGUCUAAAAUUGAGUAGUGGGGAUGCCAAGUGUGUAUCAUCCAAGAGAAGAUCAAAAACCUUUCCCUUCCUUUGCAGAAGAUGCUUGGAGGUGGUGGUGCUAGUAAACUAGCGGUAAGUGCAUUUCUAUUACCUUCUUUCAUUUUCCUCUGAGCUAUUAUUUUGGGAAGUCAGAAUUUCAUCCAUGGGGAAGCGAGUGCCAGACCGCCAGGCAAACUGCAGAUCAGAGCCUGGUUCUUCUUCCAACCAAAGAGGAACGCAGAUAAUGAAAUUCCCCCAUCAUUAUCUCUGUCUGUCUCUCUCCCAUGGUGUUGGGAGAGGUGUCUACCCCCUAGUGCACAGGAAACAGGAAGCCCUCUGAUAGCUCAGUUCUGUGGCGUUACAUUAAACUGUGUUGCUUAUCUUACCCAGUGAAACUCAAAUUAGGUCUAUCUUCCAAUUCUCUGACCAUGAUAUUCUGUCAUAGGACUUAGCAUCUUUACGGAUGCUGGUAGUUCAUCAACAUUUUUGACAUUCAGGCACUUUGUAAACAGUCCUAAUAGUUCAAAAAGAUCCAUGAAAUACUGCAGGUCCCUUCGUCGAGCAUUAUUCACCUGAUCACGGCUUGUCAGUCCUAUCUCCUCAUUUAGCAAAUCAACACAUAUUUCAAAGGCCCUCAAGUCUCUUCCAUGUCCUUCCGCAGCUCUUCUAUAUUUGCAAUAUUUUCCCUGUCUCCUGCCAGGUAACUAGCUGGCAAUAUUUGACCCUUUGACAGAUCAGCCUUUUCCAUAUUCAACACUAAAUUCCAUGUGAUGUUUAAAACAUGUUCAAAACCUCCAAAUUAAGAGCCCCCAAUCCCAAACAUCUCAGGCCCAUUGCCAGAUUUGAAAGUCAAACAUCCCACCAUAGGGUCAAUCCAGCCCCCAUUUCAAGCCAAGCCAAACUUUCUUUCCAAAUCUGGCUUUUCAAGUUCAUUGUCAAGUCGGAAGUUCAUAUCCUGAGGGCCUGUUCUGUCAGACCUCCUGCAGUGCAGGAAUCAUGGUGGGCUUCACAUAUUUUCCACUGUCGAUCAAAACUUCACACUGACUGUUAUCAGCACUAUCCUCUAACCAACUGCGCUAUCAAGGGCAUCUCCUCAUGCCGUUGUUCCCGUAGGGCACUAGUUAUUUGGAGAUAUAGCAUGCAACAUGGAGGUUCUGAUUAGGUUGUCCUACAUAGGACAGGACCUCUGAUUCUGAAUGAUUGUAAUCUGUAGCAGUUUCAGCACCUGCAAAUGGGCUUCACAGACCUAGCAAGAGGCAGAAUUCCAAUGGAGGAGGUGCUGCUGCUGUUGAGCCUUGCAACAAAGUUUUCCUUUUUGAGAUAUUUUGUCAGUAUUUGUUCCUUUAAAAUGCGAAAGGAAACAGUGGAAUCACUAUGUUUCUCUUCUUUAGCUAUCUGUCAAAAACGUUUGUCUCUGGUCAAUGAGCUUCAAACGUCAGUCCUGACACCCCGCUCCAGGGUCAGGACGGUGGAAAGUUACUUUACUUUAAACUCACUUUAAACAGUCCGAAAAAGAUCCCCCUUCUUCUCCUGCUGUCGAAGGGGGGUUCCACAAUUUUAAAUGAUGAAAUCCAAUCCUUUAAAGACGAUUUUCUAAGCUCUAGUUUACGUUGUCUUUGCUUUAUUCUGUCUACAAAAGAACGGAAGGCUGACUUCCUGUUUAGACCUUCCCGUUCAGUACCAAACUGAAAAUAAAUUUUUAAAUCCAAUUCCUUUCUGCUCGCAAGUCCUUAUUUAAGGUCCAGUUGUUCAAAGUUUAAGUACUCACGGGUGCUUAUUUUAGAGUCCAAAUUGACCCAGGAAAAAGGCAGCGCUCUCCGGCAACGGCUAUGCGGCUUCGCUCCACGGAAAUAGCAGUUGACUCACAGCACCGCGCCACUUCCCCCUCUUCACUUCGGAGCCCGUUAAUGGGUUCCUUUGCGAGUUGGGGGGGCGCUAAAGGUGCCCGCCGAGUCCCAUGGUCACAGGCUUCAUCCGCCUGUGAUUUUUAAAAGGGUCCCUGCUUCGCCGUAGCGGAGAAGACCCGUUUCACGCGGAGCUAGUCCCUCCAGUUCAGAGGGAGUCCGCCAUUGCCGAUGGCGCCACCCCGGAAGUCAACAUGGCGGAUGUUCUUAUUGGGAGGCAAAUAGCAUCACCCCAAGAGAGUCAGUCCGACGCAAGCCAACUUCCUACAAGCACUAAAAGUGGUUUGCUUCCUGCAAAGCCUUCAAGCACCUGACUUCCAUGCAUCUCCCUCCUCCAGGACACUUUUGAGCAUCCAUUGUCCUACAACCAACUACAGUUCAACGGGUGGGUGUGAAGAGAGAGAAUUUUCAAUGGUGGAGCAAAAACUCUGGGAUGCCCUCCACAGGAAGUCCCAUAUGGGCAAAUCACAACCAGAAAUGGGCAAAUCAGUCUAAUUUUAGUCAUGGUUGAUGCGAAAACAGGAUGAUAGACCUGAAAGGCCUGGGGUAUGAUCCAACUGACUCUUCAUCUAUUCUUAGAGUAACCUGCCUUUCUGUAAAGAUCUUUCUUUUUACUUCCUUGUAGGCAAUGGUCCCUAUGCUAGCUGGAGGUGGAGGUGAUGGCGAGGUAGGUGGUGGAGGUGUAAGGCACAAUCCUUUUUCAUUGCAGGGCAGAUCUUGCCAUGAAGUCAGAUGUCAAUCUGAAGCAUCGUCACCAUCAUCCUUAUUCUGGACAUGACUUGCUUGUUGAGGGAAACCACCAUGAAACCAUGUGUUUAGCCGACCCCUCCCCAAACCAUACUCAUGCUCCCUCCUGGUCAGUAUGCUGAGCACAUGCGUGGAACCCCCAGGACCAUAGGCAACAUGCAGCCCUCAGAAGACCGCGGUACCAAAGUGGUGAUGUGGCUUGAAUGAUGAACUGGGAGUUUAGAGUUCAAAUCCCCAUUCUCUCAUGAAGCACACUGGAUGACAAAUUGCCAGUAACAGUCUCUCAGCCUAACCUAUCUCACAUUCUCCUCUAAAUCACUGCCUUCCCACAUUUUGCCCUCCCUCAGUCCAGAUUUUCCCAUAUCCUCUCCUUUUUGGAGUACUCUGGGUCUGGAAAAAAAAAUCUAUAUUGAGUAAGGAGUAUGUGUGGGAAGGCAGUGAUUUAGAGGAGAAUGUCAUAUGGACAAUGGAGAAUUUGUGGAGAUACAGGAAGCUUCCUAUGCACAUUAAAUGACAGUAUGGCUGAGUUCAAGAGAAUGGAGCAAUGCAUAUAUGGCAUGUCUAAGUUGGAGUAGUAGAAUACUGGAGCGUGGGAGGCUGGGGUGCAUGUCAUGUGUGGAUCAGUCAAUGCUUUCCCCCUGCUUUGUAGGGUCUAAUGUCCAUGCUUGGAGGGGGCGGCGGUGGCGCCUUAAUGGUAAGAAUUUCACCAUUUACUUCUUCUGUCCUUUCCAUUGGUUAGUGGGAGGCAGUUGGGAUAAUUUUUUUAAAAAUUGCAUCAGCUAAAAUCACAUGAGGUUGCUCCCUUGUUGAAGCUAAGCCUGUCUGCCCAGAGAUAGUUACCUGGUGUCCAGGGUAUGGUGUGAAGGCAUUUAUUUAUUUAUUUAUUUAUUUAUUUAUUUAUUUAGUGUAGGGCAGUUGUUUUUUUAAAAAAAUAGGAAAAAAAGGAACAAAGAAAAGCAAUGGGAUGAAACUGUUCUUUGUGAAACAAACAAAACUGCUGGCUAACAGAGGUGAUGGAGAUACUGCUUCAUAUCACAGCAAGAGAUAUCGAUUUCCUACCUUGGGGAAGACAGCAACUGUUGCACAGUAUGUCUAAAAUUGAGUAGUGGGGAUGCCCAGUGUGUAUCAGCCAAGAGAAGAUCAAAAACCUUUCCUUUCCUUUCCUUUCCUUUCCUUUCCUUUCCUUUGCAGAACAUGCUUGGAAAUGGUGGCGCUAGUAAACUAGCGGUAAGAGCAUUUCUAUUACCUUCUCUCAUUUUCUUCUGUGCUAUUAUUUUGGGAAGUCAGAAUUCUGCAAUUAUGUCAAAUGUGGACAAAGAGUCCUCUCAUGUUUACCACACGUAAGAUGGGUGGCGCCUUUUACUUUUCAUAUUUGGGAAUUUUAACAGUCUUUUUUGGUAAGAAACUGACCAUCCUUUCCAUGUCCAUAGAGAUAGAAGGAUCUGUCAAUUUUGGUUCCCCCAUUUCCAAUUUUUCUAAUCUUUAAUCUGGUUCUCCACAUUUCUGCAGCCAUCUGUUAAUUAAAAAAAAAAAAGAAAAUUCCUCAGUAUUUUAGUGCAAUUUUCUCCUGAAAACCAUAUUUUUUGCAUGCAGCUGUUUUGGGGUUUGAAUUGAAUUUUCAAAUACAGGAACACAGAGCAUAUUUAUCUCCCCUCCCCUCCCCCCAUCCCACUUACAACCAUACCAAUAUAGCAUAUCUAGUCCACUACAAUAGGACUUCCCCUUUGUAGGCAGUUCUGAUUAAUAUCCAAGUAUUUGCAAGCAUUUUUCCUUAUACAAUGCAUUUUUCCUAAUAUAAUAUUUGGUGGUGGUAAGAAACUAUCCAUUAUAAUCUUCCUGUAUUUGUGAAGCUGUUGUAGGCCUUGGGAAUGAAGUCAGUAAUGUCAUUGGGUUGGUAAGAAUCUAAUAUAAGCUCCUCUUACAGUAUGUGUUAGACUUUUGGUUAUAUUCACAUGCAAGGCUAUUGCAUGAAGAAUGACUGCUCAGCUGGCCACACCCCAGAAGACACAUUCUUGCUGAGCACUCAACAUUUCCAUCUUCAGUGAGGAUGUCUCCAAAAGGGCAUUUAUACAUGAAUAGCUAAAUAUAUAUCAGCUCCCCCCUUGCAGGUGCCCAUACAGAUUCAAGCUAUUUCCACGGUGCGACAGCAGUGUGUGUUUUGUCAUUGGAGACAGUGAAAGUGACAGAGAUGUUGCUCCAUCUAUCUUCUCCAUACGUUAGACCUAAUAAUAGGAUACUGAUCCCUGUGCUCUUAUGGUUGUGAAGCCAGAAGUCCUCCUGAAAGAUUCUCGGAAGUCCUAUAACAUCACCCAAGGAGACCUCAAAUGCAUUCCAAGAUCUCAGCAACCUAGGAAAUACAUAAACUUUAGAUAGGAGGAAGACCUUCCCAGAUUGUUUAGGUGAAGGUUUUAUCUCCCACAACAUAAAUGGCCUGGGUAUGGUCUGGAGACACAUGAAGACUCCACCUAACUGAAGUUAAGCAGAUCUGAGUGGGUGACAGGGAGUGAAACUAUGGAAUUUGCAAGCACAGGAUGUAAUGUUGACCAUCAAUUUGGAUUACUAUAAACGGGGAGAAGACAAGUACAUGGAGGAUAAGGCUAUCCAUAAAUAUUCAUCAUGAUGGCUGUUACACUACCUCAAGUACCAGAGGCCUUAUGCCUAUAGAUGAUAGUUGCUGAGGAACUAGAACAGGAGGCUUCUAUUGUACUCUUGUUCUACAUGUGAGGUUCUAAUAGGCACCCACUUGGCUGAUGUGAAAACAGGAUGAUAGACCUGAAGGGCCUGGGGUAUGAUCCAACUGACUCUUCAUCUAUUCUUAGAGUAACCUGUCUUUCUGUAAAGAUCUUUCUUUUUACUUCCUUGUAGGCAAUGGCCCCUAUGCUAGCUGGUGGUGGAGAUGAUGGCGAGGUAGGUGGUGGAGGGGUAAGGCACAAUUUUUUUCCGUCUCAGGGCAGAUCUUGCCAUGAAGUCAGACGUCAAUGUGAAGCAUCAUCACCAUCAUCCUUAUUCUGGACAUGACUUGCUUGUUGAGGGAAACCACCAUGAAACCAUGUGUUUAGCCACCCCCUCCCCAAACCAUACUCAUGCUCCCUCCUGGUCAGUAUGCUGAGCACAUGCGUGGAACCCCCAGGACCAUAGGCAACAUGCAGCCCUCAGAAGACCGUGGUACCAAAGUGGAGAUGUGGCUUGAAUGAUGAACUGGGAGUUUAGAGUUCAAAUCCCUAUUUUCUCAUGAAGCACACUGGAUGACAAGGUGCCAGUAACAGUCUCUCAGCCUAACCUGUCUCACAUUUUCCUCUAAAUCACUGCCUUCCCACAUAUACCCCUCCCUCAGUCCAGAUUUUCCCAUAUUCUCUCCAUUUAGGAGUACCCUUGGUCUGGAAAAAAAAAAUCUGUAUUGAGGAAGGGGUGUGGGAAGGCAGUGAUUUAGAGGAGAAUGUCAUAUGGACAAUGGAGAAUUUGUGGAGAUACAGAAAGCUUCCUACGCUCAUUAAAUGACAGUAUGGCUGAGUUCAAGAGAAUGGAGCAAUGCAUAUAUGGCAUGUCUAAGUUGGAGUAGUAGAAUACUGGAGAGUGGGAGGUUGGGGUGCAUGUCAUGUGUGGAUCAGUCAAUGCUUUCUCCUUCCUUUGUAGGGUCUAAUGUCCAUGCUUGGAGGUGGCGGCGCUGGCGGCUUAAUGGUAAGAAUUUCGCCAUUACCUUCUCCUGUUUCCUUAUGUCCUUUCCAUUGGUUGGUGGGAGGCAGCUGGGAUAUUUUUUUAAAAAAUUGCAUCAACUGAAAUCACAUGAGGUUGCUCCCUUGUUGUAGCUAAGCCUGUCUGCCCAGAGAUAUUUACCUGGUGUCCAUGGUAUGGUGUGAAGGCAAUUGAAAGAAGAAAGAAAGAAAGAAAGAAAGAAAGAAAGAAAGAAAGAAAGAAAGAAAGAAAGAAAGAGUUGUUUUUUAAAAAAAAUAAGAAAAGAAAAAGGAACAAUAAAAGCAAUGGGAUAAAACUGUUCUUUGUGAAACAAACAAAACUGCUGGCUACCAAGCAGGCCAAUAGCAGCCUCUCUCUCUCUCUCUCUCUCUCUCUCUCUCUCUCUCUCUCUCUCUCAUCCCAGAGUGCUCUAAGUUCUCUACAUAAUAAAACUCUUGAUAAAAAAACAGCUAAAAAUCCCCCAAAUUGUUUAAAAACAUAUAUACAUAAAAUAAUUAAUAAAAUGCAUGUAAAAUCAGUAAAGCCCUUGAGAGAUGAAUGUAGGCAACUAGCUUAUAUGUCCGGGUAGAUUUGAUGAAUUAAAACAAUUUUCAGCAGGCAUCUGCAACAACAUAGCAAGGAUGCCUGACUAAUGUCAACAGGCUAGGAGUCCCUAACUGAAAAUGCUGCUAUUCUAAACCAGGCUUCCUCAACCUCGGCCCUCCAGAUGUUUUUGGCCUACAACUCCUAUGAUCCCCAACUAGCAAGACCAGUGGUCAGGGAUGAUGGGAAUUGUAGUAUCAAAACAUCUGAGGAAGCCUGCUCUAAACUGUUGACUCCUUACAAAUGUGGAACAAGUAUUAUGUGGCAUUUGUAAAAGUGCUACUAGUUUCACAGUUCUGAACCCAUCAGCCAGGGGCCUUAAAUAAACUUGUUCCACAACAUUAAGGGCUUCAUUUACCAAUUGUAGAAAUUAAACAAUUCUAUGAUUCUGUGACUCUACAAAGAAAUACCAGAAAAGCAGCAACUAAAGAAAGCCCAGAUUGGCUGGACUGCUCCACAUCAUGGCAAGAGAUAUCGAUUUCCUAACCUGGGGAAGACAGCAACUGCUGCACAGUAUGUCUAAAAUUGAGUAGCGGGGAUGCCAAGUGUGUAUCAGCCAAGAGACGAUCAAAAACCUUUCUUUUCCUUUCCUUUGCAGGACUUGCUUGGAAAUGGUGGCGCUAGUAAACUAGCGGUAAGUGCAUUUCUAUUACCUUCUCUCAUUUUCUUCUGUGCUAUUAUUUUGGGAAGUCAGAAUUUCAUCCUAAAACAUGGCGGCUGUCCUUAUUGGGAGGCAAAUAACAUCGCCCCAAGAGAGUCUCUCCGAUGCAAGCUAAAUUCUUACAAGUACUAAAAGUUUUUUGCUAUCUGCAAAGCCUUCAGGCACCUGACUUCCAGGCGUCUCCCUCCCCCAGGACACUUUUGAGCAUCCAAGGCCUUUUGGUAAUAAAUGUUGGUGGCAAGGAAAGUUUCUUCACCUGAUAACAAAUAGAGUCAUGUAAGGCUUUCAAGCCUUGUACGUGUGCAUUAUAUAGGAUGAUGUUUUUCUCCUCUUUGUAGGCACUUGCACCUAUGCUUAGAGGUUAAGGCUAUCCAUAAAUAUUCAUCAUGAUGGCUGUUACACUACCUCAAGUACCAGAGGCCUUAUGCCUGUAGAUGAUAGUUGCUGAGGAACUAGAGCAGGAGGCUUCUAUUGUACUCUUGUUCUAUAUGCGAGGUUCUAAUAGGCACCCACUUGGUUGAUGUGAAAACAGGAUGAUAGACCUGAAAGGCCUGGGGUAUGAUCCAGCUGACUCUUCAUUUAUUCUUAGAGUAACCUGUCUUUCUGUAAAGAUCUUUCUUUUUACUUCCUUGUAGGCAAUGGUCCCUAUGCUAGCUGGAGGUGGAGGUGAUGGCGAGGUAGGUGGUGGAGGUGUAAGGCACAAUCCUUUUUCAUUGCAGGGCAGAUCUUGCCAUGAAGUCAGACGUCAAUGUGAAGCAUCAUCACCAUCACCUUAUUCUGUACAUGACUUGCUUGUUGAGGGAAACCACCAUGAAAACAUGUGUUUAGCUGACCCCUCCCCAAACCAUACUCAUGCUCCUUCUGGGUUCAAUUAAGGGUCUCCUAUGCACACAGGUCCUGCUAUCAGCUUGAUUGUUCUGCAAAAAUAUUACAUAUCUGAACAUAAAGCAUUAUGCCCAAACCUCACUUACAAGUGCAGCUGAUUCCUAUAUCUGAACAGCCACAAUUUGCCCACUUGUUGUUUGUGCUCUGCUAGCUGGUAGCAGCUGUUUACAGGCAGAAACCAUUUAGAAAGGGAAGAGGGAGAGAGAUCAGACAAAUAAUUCCCCCCCCCUUGUCUCUCUUUUGCUGGCUGGCUGCAGCCAUUUUAAGAAGAAACCAUGGCAAGAGAGGGAGGGGAGAUCACUGAUUAGACAUGUUCCCAUAGGAAAUAUUGGAGAUUGCCAGCUCAUUAUGCAAAACACUUGCCCCUAACCAACAAUUUAUUGGGAACUCAUUUUGUUCUUUAAGUGGGACCUCAUGACGCAUUGAACAUAUAUAUGAUUCUGGGAAGUAUUCUAGGUUAGCGGUGUGCUUUUCUUAUGAACCUCCAAGAAUUUCCAAUAUUCCAAAUGCAAUUCAAGUACAGUGGUACCUUGAGUUACAGACGCUUCAGGUUAUAGACUCCGCUAACCCAGAAAUAGUACCCCGGGUUAAGAACUUUGCUUCGGGAUGAGAACAGAAAUCACGCGGCGGCAGCAGGAGGCCCCAUUAGCGAAAGUGGUGCUUCGGGUUAAGAACAGUUUCAGGUUAAGAACAGACCUCCGGAACGAAUUAAGUACUUAACCUGAUGUACCACUGUACUGCAAAGGGUCUGCCCAUUGACUUUUCUCUUCCAAAAACAAUGGAAAAUAGAAAUGUUGCCUUGACUAGAAACUUUGCCAUCUGGCAAUUGAAACAGCAAUGGAAUGUAUCACCACACAGGAGGACUGCUUACCUGAUCUCCCAGCAGCUGAAUCCCCACCUCCUUCUGGGAAGAAAUGGGGAGGGAUGAGCUGGUGAGGAGGUCAGCAUGGUGCAAAUGUACUGGAGGAUCUGAUCCCAUGAUCCUGCUGGCAGGUUUGUCCUGCACCUGCCCCUCAAUCACCCCACCCCCAAUUACUCUUGCUAAGUAGCAGCAACUCAGCUGUCAAGAGGUCAGGUGAGUGCCGCUGCCCGCCAUGGCACACACUACUGAGCGCAGCUAGGGGCAAGAUAAAACUUUGCCAACUGGAGAAUGCUGGUUUCUUCAUACAAUGAGAAACCAAAGCAAAUGAGGGUGGACCUAUGAAUAUGUGCAUUAACAGAGAUAAUUCUCCUGUUCCCCUUGUAGGCCAUGUUGUCUAUGCUUUCCGCAGGUGAUGAUGAUGAGGAAGGUGCUGGUGGUGCUGCGGUAAGAAACUCUCCCUUUUAAUUCCAGGGCAAUUCUGAGGGCAGGGUUAAGGAUGUGGCCCCAUCACCAUAUUUCCUCUGCACACACAAGUAGGCUGUGAGGAAGCCUAAAGUAUCCCAUCAAAGCUGGAUUUUAAACAAAACAUCUAAAGAAGGCUCAUAAGUGAUUCAAAUUCUACAAUGUGUUGUCAAAGAAGAGCUAAAUGUCAUUUCCUGUCUUCCAUGUACAGAAGGAUUAAUACAUUUCCUUUCCUUUGUAGGGAUUGCUUGAGAAGCUUUCGGUAAGAAACCAUACAUUGUAGCCCCUGUACUGUUAGUUCCUUCAGUCUUUAGUUGGUUUUCCUGGGCAUCAGGACAGUAGAAGAAACUAUCUAAUAUAUCUCUUAUUACGGUGCUACUCAAUCAAUCAAUAGACUUUAUUUGCAUAGCCGACAGGCCAUAGCAUCGAAGGAGAAACAGGAUGUAAUGUUGACCAUCAAUUUGGAUCAUUAUAAAUGGGGAGAAGACAAAUACAUGGAGGUUAAGGCUAUCCAUAAAUGUUCAUCAUGAUGGUACCAGAGGCCUUAUGCCUGUAGAUGACAGUUUCUGAGGAACUAGAGCAGGAGGCUUCUAUUGUACUCUUGUUCUACAUGAGAGGUUCUAAUAGGCACCCACUUGGUUGAUGUGAAAACAGGAUGAUAGACGUGAAAGGCCUGGGGUAUGAUCCAACAGACUCUUCAUCUAUUCUUAGAGAAACUUGCCUUUCUGUAAAGAUCUUUUUUUUUACUUCCUUGUAGGCAAUGGCCCCUAUGCUAGGUGGUGGUGGAGGUGAUGGCGAGGUAGGUGGUGGAGGGGUAAGGCACAAUUUUUUUCCGUUUCAGGGCAGAUCUUGCCAUGAAGUCAGACGUCAAUCUGAAGCAUCGUCACCAUCAUCCUUAUUCUGGACAUGACUUGCUUGUUGAGGGAAACCACCAUGAAACCAUGUGUUUAGCCGCCACCUCCCCAAACCAUACUCAUGUUCCCUCCUGGUCAGUAUGCUGAGCACGUGCAUGGAAAAUCCAGGACCAUAGGCAACAUGCAGCCCUCAGAAGACCACGGUACCAAAGUGGUGAUGUGGCUUGAAUGAUGAACUGGGAGUUUAGAGUUCAAAUCCCCAUUCUCUCAUGAAGCACACUGGAUGACAAAUUGCCAGUAACAGUCUCUCAGCCUAACCUGUCUCACAUUCUCCUCUAAAACACUGCCUUCCCACAUUUCCCUCUCCCUCAAUCCAGACUUUCCCAUUUUCUCUCCAUUUGGGAGUACCCUUGGUCUGAAAAAAAAAAUUUGUAUUGUGGAAGGGGUGUGGGAAGGCAGUGAUUUAGAGGAGAAUGUCAUAUGGACAAUGGAGAAUUUGUGGAGAUACAGAAAGCUUCCUAUGCACAUUAAAUGACAGUAUGGCUGAGUUCAAGAGAAUGGAGCAAUGCAUAUAUGGCAUGUCUAAGUUGGAGUAGUAGAAUACUGGAGCGUGGGAGGCUGGGGUGCAUGUCAUGUGUGGAUCAGUCAAUGCUUUCCCCCUGCUUUGUAGGGUCUAAUGUCCAUGCUAGGAGGUGGUGGCGCUGAUGGCUUAAUGGUAAGAAUUUCUUCAUCACCUUCUCCAGUUGGUUCGUGGGAGGCAGCUGGGAUAAAGAUUUUAAAAAUUGCAUCAACCAAAGUCACAUGAGGUUGCUCCCUUGUUGAAGCUAAGCCUGUCUGCCCAGAGAUAGUUACCUGGUGUCCAGGGUAUGGUGUGAAAGCAAUUAUUUAUCUAUCUAUCUAUCUAUCUUUCUAUCUAUCUAUCUAUCUAUUUAUAUAUAAAGUGUAGGGCAGUUGUUUUUUAAAAAAUAAGAAAAAAAGGAGCAAUAAAAGCAAUGGGAUGAAACUUUUCUUUCUGAAACAAACAAAACUGCUGGCUACCAAGCAGGCCAAUAGCAGCCUCUCUCUCUCUCUCUCUCUCUCUCUCUCUCUCUCUCUCUCUCAUCCCAGGGUGCUCUAAGUUCUCUACAUAAUAAAACUGUUGAUAAAAAAACAGCUAAAAAUUCCCCAAAUUGUUUAAAAACAUAUAUACAUAAAAUAAUUAAUAAAAUGCAUGUAAAAUCAGUAAAGCCCUUGAGAGAUGAAUGUAGGCAACUAGCUUAUAUGUCUGGGUAGAUUUGAUGAAUUAAAACAAUUUUCAGCAGGCAUCUGCAACAACAUAGCAAGGAUGUCUGACUAAUGUCAACAGGCUAGGAGUCCCUAACUGAAAAUGCUGCUACUCUAAACCAGGCUUCCUCAACCUCGGCCCUCCAGAUGUUUUUGGCCUACAACUCCCAUGAUCCCCAGCUAGCAAGACCAGUGGUCAGGGAUGAUGGGAAUUGUAGUAUCAAAACAUCUGAGGAAGCCUGCUCUAAACUGUUGACUUCCUACAAAUGUGGAACAAGUAUUAUGUGGCAUUUGUAAAAGUGCUACUAGUUUCACAGUUCUGAACCCAUCAGCCAGCGGCCUUAAAUAAACUUGUUCCACAACAUUAAAGGCUUCAUUUACCAAUUGUAGAAAUUAAACAAUUCUAUGAUUCUGUGACUCUACAAAGAAAUACCAGAAAAGCAGCAACUAAAGAAAGCCCAGAUUGGCUGGACUGCUCCACAUCAUGGCAAGAGAUACCGAUUUCCUACCCUGGGGAAGACAGCAACUGCUUCACAGUAUGUCUAAAAUUGAGUGGCGGGGAUGCCAAGUGUGUAUCAGCCAAGAGACGAUCAAAAACCUUUCUUUUCCUUUCCUUUGCAGGACAUGCUUGGAAAUGGUGGCGCUAGUAAACUAGCAGUAAGUGCAUUUCUAUUACCUUCUCUCAUUUUCUUCUGUGCUAUUAUUUUGGGAAGUCAGAAUUUCAUCCUAAAACAUGGCAGCUGUCCUUAUUGGGAGGCAAAUAACAUCGCCCCAAGAGAGUCUCUCCGAUGCAAGCUAAAUUCUUACAAGUACUAAAAGUUUUUUGCUAUCUGCAAAGCCUUCAGGCACCUGACUUCCAGGCGUCUCCCUCCCCCAGGACACUUUUGAGCAUCCAAGGCCUUUUGGUAAUAAAUGUUGGUGGCAAGGAAAGUUUCUUCACCUGAUAACAAAUAGAGUCAUGUAAGGCGUUUAAGCCUUGUAUGUGCGCAUUAUAUAGGAUGAUGUUUUUCUCCUCUUUGUAGGCACUUGCACCUAUGCUUAGAGGUUAAGGCUAUCCAUAAAUAUUCAUCAUGAUGGCUGUUACACUACCUCAAGUACCAGAGGCCUUAUGCCUGUAGAUGAUAGUUGCUGAGGAACUAGAGCAGGAGGCUUCUAUUGUACUCUUGUUCUACAUGCGAGGUUCUAAUAGGCACCCACUUGGUUGAUGUGAAAAGAGGAUGAUAGACGUGAAAGGCCUGGGGUAUGAUCCAACUGACUCUUCAUUUAUUCUUAGAGUAACCUGCCUUUCUGUAAAGAUCUUUCUUUUUACUUCCUUGUAGGCAAUGGUCCCUAUGCUAGCUGGAGGUGGAGGUGAUGGCGAGGUAGGUGGUGGAGGUGUAAGGCACAAUCCUUUUUCAUUGCAGGGCAGAUCUUGCCAUGAAGUCAGACGUCAAUGUGAAGCAUCAUCACCAUCACCUUAUUCUGUACAUGACUUGCUUGUUGAGGGAAACCACCAUGAAAACAUGUGUUUAGCUGACCCCUCCCCAAACCAUACUCAUGCUCCUUCUGGGUUCAAUUAAGGGUCUCCUAUGCACACAGGUCCUGCUAUCAGCUUGAUUGUUCUGCAAAAAUAUUACAUAUCUGAACAUAAAGCAUUAUGCCCAAACCUCACUUACAAGUGCAGCUGAUUCCUAUAUCUGAACAGCCACAAUUUGCCCACUUGUUGUUUGUGCUCUGCUAGCUGGUAUCAGCUGUUUACAGGCAGAAACCAUUUAGAAAGGGAAGAGGGAGAGAGAUCAGACAAAUAAUCCCCCCCCCCUUAUAUCUCCUUUGCUGGCUGGCUGCAGCCAUUUUAAGAAGAAACCAUGGCAAGAGAGGGAGGGGAGAUCAUUGAUUAGACAUGUUCCCAUAGGAAAUAUUGGAGAUUGCCAGCUCAUUAUGCAAAACACUCGCCCCUAACCAACAAUUUAUUGGGAACACAUUUUGUUCUUUAAGUGGGACCUCAUGACGCAUUGAACAUAUAUAUGAUUCUGGGAAGUAUUCUAGGUUAGUGGUGUGCUUUUCUUAUGAACCUCCAAGAAUUUCCAAUACUCCAAAUGCAAUUCAAGUACAGUGGUACCUUGGGUUACAGACGCUUCAGGUUAUAGACUCCGCUAACCCAGAAAUAGUACCCCGGGUUAAGAACUUUGCUUCGGGAUGAGAACAGAAAUCACGCGGCGGCAGCAGGAGGCCCCAUUAGCGAAAGUGGUGCUUCGGGUUAAGAACAGUUUCAGGUUAAGAACAGACCUCCGGAACGAAUUAAGUACUUAACCUGAUGUACCACUGUACUGCAAAGGGUCUGCCCAUUGACUUUUCUCUUCCAAAAACAAUGGAAAAUAGAAAUGUUGCCUUGACUAGAAACUUUGCCAUCUGGCAAUUGAAACAGCAAUGGAAUGUAUCGCCACACAGGAGGACUGCUUACCUGAUCUCCCAGCAGCUGAAUCCCCACCUCCUUCUGGGAAGAAAUGGGGAGGGAUGAGCUGGUGAGGAGGUCAGCAUGGUGCAAAUGUACUGGAGGAUCUGAUCCCAUGAUCCUGCUGGCAGGUUUGUCCUGCACCUGCCCCUCAAUCACCCCACCCCCAAUUACUCUUGCUAAGUAGCAGCAACUCAGCUGUCAAGAGGUCAGGUGAGUGCCGCUGCCCGCCAUGGCACACACUACUGAGCGCGGCUAGGGGCAAGAUAAAACUUUGCCGACUGGAGAAUGCUGGUUUCUUCAUGCAAUGAGAAACCAAAGCAAAUGGGGGUGGACCUAUGAAUACGUGCAUUAACAGACAUAAUUCUCCUGUUCCCCUUGUAGGCUAUGUUGUCUAUGCUUUCCGCAGGUGAUGAUGAUGGCGAAGGUGCUGGUGGUGCUGCGGUAAGAAACUCUCCCUUUUAAUUCCAGGGCAAUUCUGAGGGCAGGGUUAAGGAUGUGGCCCCAUCACCAUAUUUCCUCUGCACACACAAGUAGGCUGUGAGGAAGCCUAAAGUAUCCCAUCAAAGCUGGAUUUUAAACAAAACAUCUAAAGAAGGCUCAUAAGUGAUUCAAAUUCUACAAUGUGUUGUCAAAGAAGAGCUAAAUGUCAUUUCCUGUCUUCCAUGUACAGAAGGAUUAAUACAUUUCCUUUCCUUUGUAGGGAUUGCUUGAGAAGCUUUCGGUAAGAAACCAUACAUUGUAGCCCCUGUACUGUUAGUUCCUUCAGUCUUUAGUUGGUUUUCCUGGGCAUCAGGACAGUAGAAGAAACUAUCUAAUAUAUCUCUUAUUAGGGUACUACUCAAUCAAUCAAUAGACUUUAUUUGCAUAGCCGACAGGCCAUAGCAUCGAAGGACAAACACAGACAAAAAUACAUUACAAAUAUAGAUACCAUAAAAUCUUAUGACCUAUUAAAACCUUAGGUAGAAACUGAAUUAUCAUUCAUCAAUGACCCUCUGUCCCUUGGGCGGCGGCCUUUUCUCUGGUAGAUUGUUCCAGGUCGGUUAAGUAAAUAGACCAGCCAAAUUGCAAGAUUAUAAAUAUUAAAUAUAACCUCGGAGGGAUGGUCAGGACAGGGAGAAAGAUAAUAAUAACCAGAUGCAUAUAAAUUAAUAAUCUCAAUACUUAAAACUUGGCAGAGGUAAUAAAAUAAUAAUAGUAAAACAUAAUGAUAAUAAUAAUAAAAUCCUAGGCGAGGAAUCCGGGUGACGGCACUGAUGUCAUUCAGAUAGCAGCUCUCAGUCUCAUUGCUCUCUCGAUAAAUUUGGCAACCUUCUCUGUUGUCGAGCUGUUCUGGUCGGCUAGGAGUGAGAACAGUUUGGCUUCACAAGAGUGGCCCGGGAUGGCAGAUAGGAGCGGCGUGAUGGUCUCGUCCCUGAGAUCUUUAUAUAGGGAGUAAGACAAGAGAACGUGUGACACAGUCUCUACAUAGCCAGCUCCACAGGGGCAGAGCCGGUUCUCGAAUGAAAUUUUUUGAUAUCUACCUUCAAGAACAGCUGAGGGUAACAUAUUUAGUCUGGCCAGUGUAAAGGCCCGUCUGAGUUUUGGAAUGGUUAAGGUAGACAAAUAAGGUGCCCGAAAAUCAAAGUGGGAGGGGGGCAGAUAAGUGUACCAAGCACUAAAUUUCUUAAUAUAGGCCAGAUUAUUCUGCUGCUCAAUAUCCUUCAUGCGCUGGACAAUAAUAGUUUUUGCCUUGGGGAGACCCAUUUUCAGGAGAUGCUGUGCUUGGAGGCCACAUAUAAGUAGUUUUUGAUGCACUACCGACUUCUAUGAGCAUCUCGUGCUACUAGAGGUAGUAGUCCGGAUGCGUUUAAAUUUAAGCGAAGCCAAUAGUUAAAUGUUCUUAACCAGGUUCAGGUUUCAACGGAGAGGAGGCCAGUCUCCAGCCGUAGGGCCGCAUUUGGUGCGCAUGGUGGAACGGCUAGAAUCUGUCUUAAGAAUUUAGACUGGACCGUUUCAAGUGUGCGGCAAUGAUUUCCCGUCCAGAUUUGGGCCCUGUAGAGUAAUUGUGCCAAGGGUUUUGCUUGAAAGACCUCCAGAGCUGCUGGGAUAUGUCUGCCCCCUUUCGUAAAGUAAAAGCAAGACAGUAUUUUGGCGCUUUGAGAUGCUUUUUCCCUAGCAUAUUUAUGGUGGGCCUCCCAGGCCCCUGUUGACUGGAAAACUACUCCGAGGUAUUUGAAAAUUUUGACCUGUUCUAUUGGCUGAUUGUCCAUCUCCCAUCUGUGUCUCCUAGCGAAGACCAUGACUUUGGCUUUUUGGCGAUUAACCACCAAUUGAUCUCUCCUGCAGUAGGCUGAGAAUUCUCUUAGUAGCCUUUUGAGGCCUACUUUAGUUCGUGAUAAGAGAACCGCGUCGUCCGCAUAGAGGAGUGCUGAAAUUGGUUUUUCGGCCAGUUUGGGGGCAUGGAACUCUGGGGAUGUUAGGUAUUUGACCAUGUCAUUUAUAUAUAAGUUGAAUAAGGCCGGGCUAAAAUACAGCCCUGCUUGACUUCUUUGGUGGCUGGUACAGGGCCAAUUAGUUGCCCAUUUACUGAGGUUCUUACAUAUAACUUGGAGUCUUUAUAUAGGCUUUUUAUCAAGAAUAGUAAUCUUUUGUCAAUGUUGGUAGCAUUGAGUUUAGCCCAAAGUUUGACUCGUGAGAUUGAGUCAAAGGUCGCCUUCAGGUCAAUAAAUGCUGCGUAUAGAAUCCCACGUGUUUUAUUGGCGUAUUUGUCAAUGAGGUGUGCUAAUACGAAACAAUGGUCUAUUGUUGUUCUGCCCUGUCUGAAGCCGGCUUGCUCCUCUGCCAGAACUGCCUCAGUUUCCAUCCAGUCAAUUAGUUUGAUGUGGAGGUGUUUGGCAUACAGUUUGCUGGGGAUAGUAAGGAGGCUAAUGGGUCUAUAGCUCGCUGGAUCUGCCAUAGGACCCUUUUUAUAGAUUGGGAUGAUUACUGCCUCUGUCCAGCAGCCAGGAAUUAUGCCUGUUGAAUCGAUGUAUGUAAAUAUUGACGCCAUUAUAGGAGCCCACCAACUGAUAUUGUUCUUCAUGAGCUCUGCUGGAAUGUGGUCUAUGCCUGGUGCUUUGUUGUUUUUCAGUUGGGCAAUUAGUUUCCCCACCUCCUCUAUGGAGACAGGAGGCCAAUAUGGUAAAUUCUCGGAGUAGGCACUUGGAUCAUUGUGCUGAGUUUUGUCAUCAUAGAAGAGGGUUUGAAAAUAUUUCAUCCACUCCUGGGGUUCUACAGUACAUGUGGGACCAAUCCGCUCUUGACCCAGGAGGCCCAUAAUGGUACGCCAGAAGGAGGUUGAGUCUUUCUCAUUCGAGGCCUUCACUAAGUUACACCAGGCCAAUCAAUGUAAGCCAUAAAUAGCGAGGGUGCGAGGGUGUUUCUGUAAUUCCGGUAGGUUGAUCUCAGAUGUUUCCUUGCUUGUCUGCACUCCAAAUCAAACCAUCUCUCUUGAUCCUUUGCCCGCUUUGUAACAGAAUUAAGUAUCUCAGUUGUUAGAAAGGUCUUUAGUCUUGCUAAUAACUCGUUGAACGAGUCCAUGGCCUUUUCCCCGGUAUUAGCUGAUACAAUGGCUGUGUAGUGGUCUUCACGACUUCCAAGUGGAGGAGAUGAGUUAGCUCUGUAUUGAGCAUGGGGGUCCAUUUAAUUCUUCUGGGGGCCAGUGAUCCCAGAUUAACGAUGGGGGUGUAGUAAAGGUUAGCCGUGGGUUUGUUAAACGAUGGGCCAUUGAGCGCUAAAAUUAGUGGGAGGUGGUCACUGUCGGUGUUAUGUCCCACUUGAAACUUUGACACAGAGUUAUAGGCGAAUCUUGAUAUCAGAAUAUAGUCUAUCACACUUCCUCCCAUCUUUGAAAAAUGGGUAUACUCCCCUGGGCGAUCCUCUUCCUUACUACCAUUUAUUAUCAUCAGCUCCCUUCUUUUUGCGACCUGGGCUAGACAUAGCCCCGAGAAGUUGCAUUUAUUAUCUUUAGAAAGUCGUGAAACGCCUGCUUCGGUUGGACUUUCAGGGUCCUGAAUCUGAUUAUAUUGGCUGUAAAGGUUGUUAUCAUCAAUUCCCAUACGGGCGUUGAAAUCCCCCCCGAUUAUAAUCGGUGUAGAAGGGUGGGAAGAUUCUAUGGACUCUAGGAAUGCCUCUAACUCUGCCCAGUUAGCUUUCACUAUAGAUUUUUUUUGGCAGGGGGGCAGAUAGACAUUGACCACUACCAGUGCAUCUCUCUUAAAUUUGAGUAGGACUGCCGUGGCUAGUGAAUUGCAGUUUGGGAGGGCUUUUAAGGAAUGUUCAAGCUCUGUGGAGAUAAGGCUAGCUAAACCUCCACUAGGCCUACCUCCCCUCACAGAUGGAGUAGCAAAUAGGGAGUGACAAGAAUACCCAUUGAACAGAAUGGGGUCGCUGUACCAGGUCUCCUGCAGGAGGAUGAUAUCGAAUCGCUUAAGAAACAUUGCAAGUUGUUGAUUGUUUUCCUUAGCGCGCCAUCCUGCAAUGUUCCAGGACAGCAGCUUUAAUUCUCUGUCCCUCCAUGGUGUGGAUUUGUUGGGUCCACGGUGUCCAGUGACCCCUUUACAUCUAAAAAAACACUCCCAUUAAGUUUGUCAAUAGGCAUCUGCUGCAUAAGGGAAUGAUUAUCUAUAGCUCUUGGGGACUUAAGGGGGUGGUUUGGACUUGGGGGAGUAGCUAUUUCAUUUGGGGAGAGUUUUAGAUAGUUGAACCAGGUACUCGGAGAUGUGACAGUCUGUUUUGGUUUUGCCUUACCAUGCACCAGCGGGGGCUGCGAUUGGUCUUCCGAAUCUACACAUUUAAAGGCGCCUCCCACCGUCCUCUUGUCCACUAGGCACUUGGGGGAUAUAGGCCGUAUGUGUGAGCCUUCCGUAGUCUCAACAUGGGCCUCCUUUUUGGUCAGUCUGCUUCUCAGAGUGUCCAGUCUGACCAAGAUUUCCUUUUGGGCUGGCAUCUGCAGUGACCAGAACCAAUUUAUUAGGGCAUGUUCUUCUAUGGAAAAAGAGUCCUCUCUGUCGUUCAAAUGAAGUUGAGUCUCGGUAGGAGCUAUGUUUUCCUGCUGGUGCACUAGGCUCUGGUUUUGCUGGUUUUGUUGCAUGUGCACUCUAUCGUUUUGUUCCUCUGUUCCUGGUCUCCCUUCCCCCUUGGCCGCCAGUAGGGAGGUUAGCGGGGCUCUGUUUUCAAAGAUUCUUAAUAAAUCUAUUCCUUUCUUUAAAAAUAGAUUUCUUGUUCUAAAGAUGAAGUUGACCAGAUUAUGAUCUGUGAAAGUGAUCAGGGCACGGACUGAAUGUCCAUCUUUAUAUAGGUAGUCUAUACUGUCUAUGUCGGUUGCCUUAACUGCCCCAGGUAGAAUGUUGUUUAUAAUAGUCAGCAGGUGCCUCACGCGGUCUGUCCCUGUGCGAGGACCCAGUGGUUUUGGAUAGUUCGUGAAUACCAUCUUUUCCGGGCUUAGGACCAGGAUCCAUUCUUUCUUUCUACUGCGGGCUUGGAGUUCCCGCGGGUUCGCGUCUAUAUUGGAGAUCCCCGACUUACUUCUGUUUGCAGUUGCUACAGGGGUCCUAGGUGGAUUCAAGACAGGAACAUCCAGCUGUAGUUUGGUUGCUUUUGUCAGGCUGGGCGAACACAGGGGGAGAACAGCCGUGGGGGGGCUUAUUUCUUUGAAUGCACUUGGGGAAUUAUUUUCACAUAUGGGGAGGGGUUUGGUCUUUGGCGAGUCUCCCUCGUCGAUCCCUUUGGUGCCUUGAGCUUUGAUUUUUUUUGUGGAUAUAGGAGGUGAUGAUAAUAAGUUGAAGAGUUUCUGCCACUGUUUUUUACUGAUGUGUUGGGUUUUUCUAGAUGGCUUAAAUUUUUUGAUGUUUUUAGUUUUCUUCGUCUUGGGUUCCAGUUUUCUUUUGCGUGAGUUCUUUUUGGGUGGUAUGUGGAUUUUAGCAUCUGAGUCCAAGGACUGAUCUGUGGCUCUUUUUGCUUGUUUGAAAUUCUCCACAAGCGUCAGGAGUAGGCCAUUUGUUACUGCUAGGAAGUUUUUUAUGUUGUAGAGGUCUGUGCGUAUCUGAUCUAUUUGAUCGUGUAACUGGUCACCUCUCUCUUCUAUGCUGUUGGCAUUCGCUGUGGGUUGAGGGUCUUGCUGGUUUCCCCUGAGAUUCUGAGGGUCUUGCUGGUUUUCCCUGAGAUUCUGGGUUGAUUUUUGGUGCUCGAGGUCAUUGGGGUUGGGGGAAUUGGUCAUCAAGGCGUUCUCAGCUAGGUCCAGUUCCUGCGCCCAGCUCAUGGAAUAAUUUGGUCUUUCAAGCUCAGUUUGUAAGUCUUUGCGUUGUAAUGACCAAUCCAGCACAGUAGGGGCAAUUUCUUUUGGGGUGCUCUCGUGCUAUGGAUUCUUACUCCCUUCUUUAUGGGGGAAGUAAUUGGUGAUUUUACUUUGCUUCCUUCGGGUCUCCCACUCCCCCUGAGGUGAUAUUGGUGCAAUUCCCAGGUCCAUAUACAGUGGUGCCCCGCAAGACGAAUGCCUCGCAAGACGAAAAACUCGCUAGACGAAAGGCUUUUUCGGUUUUGCAUAGCUUCGCUAGACGAAUUUCCUUAUGGGCUUGCUUCGCAAGACGAAAAUGUCUUGCGCUUUUUUCUUAAAGCUGCUUGAAGAGGCGCAGUUGCGACGGACCGUGCUUCGCAAGACGAAAAACAUCGCAAGACGAAAAGACUCGCGGAACGAAUUAUUUUCGUCUUGCGAGGCAUCACAGUAGUUCUUUCUUGUAAGGACCAUGUUGAGCGUGGAAAAAGGUAAUUGGGAGCAGUUUGCUGGAGUCUCUUAGUCCUGGGCUUUUUGGCUUCACUUGUCUCAAUCACAAGACGGAUUAUGUUUAUCUUCCAGUUUCCCACCUUUGAAAGGUGGGCAGGGUUGUUUUACAAGCAAGGUUUCAUGCUUGCCCCUUAUCUCGGGGCUUCUGCUCCCUUUUCCGUCUUUAGUUCUCAGCUUUUAGGCUUUCAACGCUCACCGCGGAAAUAUUUCUGGGAAGGGGAAUAAUUUACCUCAGCCUUGACGAUACAGCGGGUUCGUGCCUCCCUUCAAUGGAUGAAAGCUGUGCGUUAGUUGCAAAGACUGCAAUCUAUCUUCUUUAGCGUUCCUUGUUACACUAAAUCGAGUUGAGCCAUAAAACAGUAGAUAAUAAAACAGUAAAACAAUAAACCAUUAGGCUAAAAGCAAAGGAAACAAAAUGACAACUAAAAAUAUAAACAUAGGGUCAGAAGAUGGCUAAAACCUAAUUAAAAGCUUAAUUGAAGACGGGAGGUUCUGGCUAGUCUGCUACCUCCAUCGCCAUUUUGGCUCCCUCUUAGGGUGCUACUCAUUUAUCUCAUAUUAGGUAAAGGUAAAGGGACCCCUGACCAUUAGGUCCAGUCGCAGAUGACUCUGGGGUUGUGGCGCUCAUCUCGCUUUAUUGGCUGAGGGAACCGGCGUACAGCUUCUGGUCAUGUGGUCAGAAUGACUAAGCCACUACUGGCGAACCAGAGCAGUGCACGGAAACGCUGUUUACCUUUCCAAUGUAGCGGUACCAAUUUAUCUACUUGCACUUUGUGCUUUCGAACUGCUAGGCUCCCUGGCAGGAGCAGGGACCGAGCAACGGGAGCUCACCCCGUCGUGGGGAUUCGAACCACCAACGUUCUGAUCGGCAAGCCCUAGGCUCUGUGGUUUAACCCACAGCGCCACCCGCGUCCCUAUAUCUGAUAUUAUCACAGUGCAAUUGCAUAGAGAGUAUGACGAGAGACUCCCUGUGCUUUUCAACAUACAUUUUCCAUCCCACUGAGGCUCUUUUAACUGCUGUUGUUUGGGUCUCUGUUCACCUUUCCCAAUUUAAUUAAUUCAUGUCUUUGCAAACCACCCUGGGUACAAUGACUGAAGGGCAGAAUAAUAGUAAUAGUAAUAGUAAUAGUAAUAGUAAUAGUAAUAGUAAUAAUACUUUGAAGGCUGACACCAUAAAAAUGUGAAGUGAACUUUAUGUGCCACUUGUAAAAAGGGCUCAACGUUGAACAUGAUGACUGAAGGGCAGAAUAAUAAUAAUAAUAAUAAUAAUAAUAAUAAUAAUAAUAAUAGGCUGUACUAAAUGCAUGUACAGUGGUACCUUGGUUGUCAAACUUAAUCAAUUUGGGGAGUCCAUUCGACUCCCGGAACUGUUUGAAAACCAAGGCGUGGCUUCCAAUUGGCUGCAGGAGAUUCAUGCACUGUAUCGGAAGCCACAGAAGCCACAAAGGACAUUCAGCUUCCAAAAAAAGUUUGCAAGCCGCAACCCUCAGUUCCGGAUUUGCGGCGCUCAGGAGCCGAUUUGUUCAGAAGCCAAGCCGUUCAACAACCAAGGUACCAUUGUACAUGAAUUGGUUGAGCCAAUGCAGUGUGCAUUGUUUAGGGCAGGGCCAGCAGCACAGAUCCUAUUCCCCCCUUGUUUAUAUGUGUGUGAGAAACAUGGUGAGAGGAGGAAACAGGGAGGGUGUCAUACGUCCGUAAGUCCUUUCAGGAGCCACCACUGGCAGCAGUCCACUUUAGACAGCACAGCACACCGUGGCCCUCAGCUAGGGUCAACUGCAGAAGGCCGGUUUCUUCACCCAAUAAUGAACCAAAUCACACAGUGCACACCCAAGAAGGAGAUGUGGACAUGUGCAUUACAGAAGAUUAUGUUUUUCUCCCUGUUGUAGAGCAUGAUGCCUUCAGGUGGCGGUGGUGAUGAAAAGGAAGGUGGCGGCCCGGUAAGGGAAUAACUGGUUAUGGAGCCAGGAGUUCUUAUUAAACAUUUGUUCAGACAUCAUUAUUCAGAUACUUGUUGCUUCUCCCCAAGCGCAUUCUAAGGCUGCAACCCUAACCCCAUUCAACUGGGAGUAAGCCCCACUGAAUUCAGUAUGGCUUACUUCUGAGUAGACAUUUACUUGUUCAGUGCUACUGAGUUUCUCAAACGUCCUCCAGGAAGGAAUGCCUUCUAACCAAGUCACUGCAAAGUAAAAAGCCUACACAAACUCCUUCUGCAAAAAAGAAAUAGACACAAAGACUAGCAUGGGAUGCAAAGAGAGAGCCAACUAUGAGGGGUGUGGUUUGCAUAAGAAGGGGUGAGGCAAGGGACUCACUGAAACCCUAUUGCCUAAGGGGCCACGGAAACCUGGAUCUGACCCUACAAGGUCUGACAACGCAACAGCAGUUACUGAUGCAAAUGCAACUCCAUCAUGGGGCAGAGAGCAGAUUUCUUUGCCUGGCAACAAAAUACAUUGGCGCUAACUCCAGGUGUCUGUGGUGGGUCUUUGGCACCCCCAAUAAUCUACAUAGGCACUAUUUCUAUGGAGCCCUGAGUGCCUCAGCCCCCUCAAUAUUUGUAGCAGGGGGGCCAAGCCCCUGCAAUGAAGAGGGGAGCUGGCCACCUACCCGAUCCCCGCCAACACAGUGACCAGGCCAAGGCCACCACUACAAGGCCUCCACUGAGGCCCACCACAGACACAGCCCUGGAAACACACCUGCGGCCACAGUAGGCCCCAAUGGGGGCCCCAUGGCAGAUGCAGAGGUUCAGUCACUGCAGUGGCAGCAGAGGACCAGUGGACACGAGGCAGCGGGUGGUGGCUGGUGGAGGCUGAGCAUGGAGCCCAGUGUAAUGCGCAUGUGAUGUGUGAGCGAUGUCAGGAUGUCACAUUGCACAUGCAUGCGCCGCUGGACACCCACAAUCUGGGGCACAAGUCAGCACCUCUGACAAAAUAUAAAAUCAUAGAGGAGAUGCCCAAGAUGGAGGCACCAAAAUCAGUGUUAGAGAAGAAUUCUGUGUUUUCCUUUUCUUUAGGGCCUAAUGGCUUUGCUUGGAGGAGGAGGAGGAGGAGGAGGAGGAGGAGGAGCUGCGUUAUCGGUAAGAUGCCUUCCAUUACAUGGACUAUGAAGACAAUAGUUUUAUCGCAGAAUGAAUGCCCUUCCUAAGUAAUAAUGUUGGCUCCUCCCAAUAUCUUUCCCCCAGUUACUUUGUGCUCUGUUAAUGAGUAUACAAUGUGCACAACAAACUUCUCUAUCCUGGCUGGCACACCUAUAGAAAAACAUGAAAUGGCCUCAGGAGUGAACAUUUGUAAGUAAGUUUCAGAAGGCACUUAGGCUGUCUUUGCUAAAUGUAUUAGGUGACUAACAAACUGAAUAAAUUAACAAAACAACAACAACAAAUCCUGAAAAGUUGAAUGCAAGGUUCUUCUCCGGCCAUCAGCUAAGUGACUUCCCAUUUUACUCUAUUUUGUGUAUGUGUUAGGGGGUCCAGAGCAUAGCCCCUGCAGAAAUGGGGAGUCUCCUGUAUAGGAAGCUGGCUUAUGCCCCUUCAGGCUAUGUGUCUAGUCCUGAGAAUGCAGAAAACUGGAGAUAGAUACAUUUACAGCAGGCAUGUCCAACCGGUCAAUCACGCUCUACCUGUCAUCCUCACCCCAAAAAGCUUAACAACUCUGGUCAAUCCAAUGGAUAGAUCACUGCCAGUUUUUUAAUAGCUGGAGUAGAUCGCAGUCUCUUGGGAGUUGGACAUGCCUGAUUUACAGCGUGGGGUGUUAUAUGUCCAUCAGCCAGAGAAAGAUUAAUGCCUUUUCUUCCUUUUGUAGAGUCUAAUGUCGAUGUUUGGAAAUGGCGGCGGUGCAGUAAGACAUUUUCCAUUACCUUCUCCCAUCCCCCCCCAUUUUUUGGGUGGUGGGAGGAGGGGCAGUCAGAAUUAAUCCUAAAAUGUAACUGACACCUGUAUGGUGAGGCAUGUUGCAUCAUUGCAAAACAUGCCCUUCAGUUGAGAUUUCUGCAUUGCACAGGGUUGGGCUUCCAAUUCUACAAUUCUAUGAAUCCAUGAUUCUAUGAAUCCUUACAGACAGUAAGGACAGUUUGGGGCCUGGUAGCCUACAAACUACUUACCGUAUUUUUCGCUCCAUAGGGCGCACUGGACUAUAGGGCGCACCUAGUUUUUAGGGGGGGAAUAAAGGGGGAAAAUAUUUUUUCCCCUCCCCAAAGGGCAAAGAAGCCAAGACAGUGAGCGGGAUCCAUCCCGCUGGCUGUCUUGGCUUGCUUUUUAGCUGCGCGCAACGUCUCCAGCUGGGAGAGGCUGCGCGCGGCUUUGGCAGAAGCCAAAACAGGGAGCGGGGUGGAUCCCACUCGCUGUCUUGGCUUCGUUUUUAGCUGCGGGGAUGGAGCGGGAGAAGCCCGAGCUUCCCCUGACCCCAGCCCCCAGAACAGGUCCGGGAUCGGCGGCAAGGUUGCACCGGAGCUUGCGGGACUGGGGGCGCGCUCCGAAGGCUUGCUGCCUGAAGCCCGGGGAGUGCAGCGGGAGUUGGCGCUGCGCUCCCUGGACUUCAGGCUGCAGGCUGCUAUCUGCAAGCCUUCGGAGCGCGGGGGGGAACUCCUGCUAUGCUCCGAAGGCUUGCCGAUAGCUGCCUGAAGCCUGGAGAGUGAGAGGGGUUGGUGUGCACUGACCCUUCUCGCUCUGCAGGCUUCAGCGAAAGCAAUGCGAGGCCUCCAGAGCGCGGAGGGAGUGCUCCCUCUGCGCUUCGGAGGCUUUCCGUUGCUAUCGCUGAAGCCAAGGAGCCUGCAUUCGCUCCAUAGGAUGCACAUACAUUUCCCCUUCCCCAAAUACGGUACUUCCAUGUCUGUAGCACGUUAAGUAUACUCUUUUCGGCUCUGCUGUUCCUCCCCACCCUCGGUAUUUCUUGGGUAACCAUGCUCCUUUUCCCACGACCACCCCUUCCCCUAUUGUUCCUGUUGUACCCAAUCCAAAAUAGUAAUGAUUUUAAUUCUGUGAGAAUCACUGCAGCUAUCAUUCUUCAAAAGAAGUGGCCACGCCAGCAAACUGCAUUCAGUUUUGGCAGAAAAUGAAAAUGUUUUGUUUUGCCUUUGUUUUUAAAUCAAACUUUAAAGAUGACCUGCAAGGAAAACCACUGGAUGUAUCUGUGUACAGGUCGGCUGACUUAAUCUACACUAGAUGCCGGCAAAUUUCAUCCACGUAUGUGAAAAUGAAAAAUAAGCUAUUAUUAGAUCCCCCAUUAUAGUGAAUGAGGAGAAAACAGACUUGUUUUUAACAAACCUUAUUUCAUUAUUGAAAGUCUAAUCAUAUAGGAAAGACACAGAGGGGCUCUGAAACACAUCAGGCUUCUUCCCAAAAUCCACAGAUACAAGUUGCCUCUUCUAGCUAGCGCACAUGCCUAACAUUUACACCCCACCUUUCCUCAAGUUGCUCAUGCUGAAUAGUAUAGGAAGACUGAAGUCACCACCCUUGGAUCCAAUAAUUGUUUGCCCUCUAGAGGCAACCAGAAUUUGACAGCUGAAGCAAGUACUUCAGCUUGGUGGCAUGGUCAGCUCUGAUCCUUUAUUGCUAUUUCAUGUAUUUCAUUGGAUUCCCAACUCUAGUUUCUCCUGAUUCUCCAUUCCACUUUUGAGGUUGGCCCUUUCAUUACUAUCCAAAUGGCUCAAGAAACGGAUGUACCUUCUGAACAAGCAAAGGGCCGUAUUGUAUGUCCCUUAUAUUCCUUUGGUGCCCCAUCUGCCCCCAUUCUAUUGGCAUGAUUGAUCUCGAGAGGAAGAAAACACUCCUGGCUAAUAUGUUCCCUAUCUCUUUUCAUUGCAGGCUGGAGCAGAGAAACAAGACGCAAGACGAAAGGUAAGACACUCUCAAGAGUCACCUCCCUUACUUUCCGGCCCAUCCUAAUGGAUUUGAGAUGGAGUGGAGAUUCAUACACACGUCCAUAUGCAUUUCUCCAAGAAACUACUUGGAUAAAUUAAUGGAAUAUACACACUUCCUUUGCAUGCAGUUUUCCCCCAAUAUGCCUUUAUGUACAUUAGUUGCUCUAAUAUGCACAUGUGUGUGUGUGUUCAUUUCAUUUGCACUUUUUACAAAGCAAACAAGCACAUUCCUUGGUAGAAGAAUUGCAUCGCAUAAUUCAGAGAAGUGCAGAUUUUGAAGGGUAGCUGUUUAUUGCUUGUUUAUUGUUCUGUGAAAUAUGAAUUAGAUAGGUUUGCCUGAAAAUGUGAACCAAAUGAAUUUCUCCCUCUCCCUUCCACAACGGAGACCCUUAAAUGAGACAAGGUGCAGCCUGGCUAUUGCAGGUAGGGAUAGAGGAGGUGAGAAAUCUGAUUCCUUUCUCAUUUUAAGGCCAGCCUCCCCAGCUCACACUUUCUGAAGCAAGACGCAAACCAAAACACAGCCAUCCCCCAAAAUGUGGACGUCACAUUUUGCAAUGCAGUUAUCCAGCAUGCAUGGUGGAAGUGUGCCUAAGAAUGCAUCUACUACUGAAAGCAGCAUACAAAAUUGGAGAAAAUUGGUUUCCAAAAAUGCGAACUGGGGAAAUUGCAUACGAAAACAAUGUAUAUUAGGAGAAAUUAGCUGCAAAUUGCUGGUGGUGCAUUUUCAUGAGCACUUUCAAUAGUAGCAGUUGCAAACCGAUGUGGACAUAUGGAAAAUUGAACUUCCUAUGCAAAAAAUGAGGAACUGAAAUGGACAGAGUUGCCCAUGCCAAAUUGCAGAUCAUGUUGGCUUGCAGAAGAGCACAGGAAAGGAGAAAGCACGCUGACCAGCCUCACUUUUCUUAGUUCAAGGAUGGGAAAACCUUUUCAGUCCUAGGCAACUUUCCAGGGGCCACAUGCAGUGGUGCACAGUGCCAGAGAUAAAGGUGGGCAGAGCAACCAAUGUUAAUUUCAGCUUUGUGUAGGAAGCUGGUUUCUGCAUGCAUAUACUCCUCCCUGUCCUUCAUCCAGGCAUACAAAAUGCAUCACCAGAGUUAAAGGACACAUGGCAGCCAGGCAAAAAAAAUUGGGUGCAAAUGAGAGGGGUGUGGCCUGGGGAGAAUUUGGAAGGACAGAUAGAGAGGUGGGGGGGCAGUGGUGGAGCUUCAUGCUCCGGCACCCGGGGCGGAGAGCAGGCGCGGGUGUGGCUGGCAUGCACCCCGGGGGCUUCUGAACAAGCAAAGGGCCGUAUUUUCUAUCCCUUAUAUUCCUUUGGUGCCCCAUCUGCUCCCAUUCUAUUGGCAUGAUUGGUCUCGAGAGGAAGAAAACACUCCUGGCUAAUAUGUUCCCUAUCUCUUUUCAUUGCAGGCUGGAGCAAACAAGAAUAAAAAGGCAGGAGGAAGGGUAAGACACUCUCAAGAGUCACCUCCCUUACUUUCAGGCCCAUCAUAAUGGAUUUGAGAUGGAGUGGAGAUUCAUACACACGUCCAUAUGCAUUUCUCCAAGAAACUACUUGGAUAAAUUAAUGGAAUAUACACACUUCCUUUGCAUGCAGUUUCCCCCAAUAUUCCUUUGUGUACAUUAGUUGCUCUAAUAUGCACAUGUGUGAGUGUGUUCAUUUCAUUUGCACUUUUUACAAAGCAAACAAGCACAUUCCUUGGUAGAAGAAUUGUAUCGCAUAAUUCAGAGAAGUGCGGAUUUUGAAGGGUAGCUGUUUAUUGCUUGUUUAUUGUUCUGUGAAAUAUGCUUAUACUCCUCCAUGUCCUUCAUCCAGGCAUACAACAUGCGUCACCAGAGUUAAAGGACACGUGGCAGCCAGGCAAAAAAAAUUGAGGUGCAAGUUAGAGGCAGUGAGGGGUGUGGUCUGGGGAGAAUUUGGAAGGACAGAGAGAUAGGUGGGGGGGAGUGGCAGAGCUUCAUGCUCUGGCACUGGGGGUGGAAAGCAGGCGGGGGCGUGGCUGGCGUGCGUCCCGGAGGCGUGGUGCGCCACCUGCAGGGGUGUGGCGUGCCGUCUGUGGGGGCAUGGCGCCCAGCAUGGGGGGGCGCGGCCGCUCCCCUGCCCCCCUCUUCCUCUGCCAGUGGGGGGGGCACAUUUGGCCUCCAGGCCUGAGGUUCAGCACCUUCCUUAUUUGUCAGGACCAAAGCCAAUGUUUCCAUUCUUCUUGCAAGCCUGGAAAUAAUUAUGGCUUAUUUUCUUCUUUUUAGGGUGCCGGUGGCAAUAGACAACAAGGGAGAAGGGUGAGUACAUAUCAUGGGGAAUAGCAUCAGUUCUUCCAGAAGUGCUCCAGGGAACCUGCUUAGGCCUUUUCACAUGUUUUGUGCAGGAUUGCCGUGAGCAAUGCCAGGGAGCAAAGCUUGUGCCACUGGCCCUGCCCCAACGCCACACCUUUCCACUGGCCCCGCCCCUUUGGUGCAUAGAGCUGCUCAGAUGUAGCUGAUCUAUGUGGCUGGGACCCCUAUGUCUAUUCUGGGGCAUAUUCUUUCGGUUGUUUGAAUUUCUGACUUUGCAUUGCAGAAGUGGGGAAAGCCGCAGCAGCAGUAAAGUCAUGUGAGUAUCAAAUAUGCCUAUAAUGGCAUUGCUUCUUCCUUUCUCCUUGUGAUGUAUCAUAGAAUUCAAAGGGGACCCAAGGGCCACCUAGUCCAAUGCCCUGCAAAUCAGGAAGUACAGUUAAAUAAGCCUAGGUGGAUGGCCCUCCACCCUCUGUUUAAAAACUUCCAGUGAAAAUUUGCUCAGUAAGAAUUGGGCAACUACCGUAUUUUUUGCCCUAUAGGGCGCACCGGCCCAUAGGGCACACCUAGGUUUUUUUUGGGGGGGGGAAUAAAGAAAAAAAAUUAUCCCCCCCCAAACUAGGUGCGCCCUAUGGGCCGGUGCGCCCUAUAGGGCGAAAAAUACGGUAGUAUAGGGCUCCCAAGGCUUGCGGAUAACUUUCUGAAGCCUGGAGAGCGAGAAGGGUCGGUGCGCACCAACCCCUGUCGCUCUCCAGGCUUCAGCAAAAGCCUGCAUUUUCCCCAUAGGACGCACACACAUUUCCCCUUCAUUUUUGGAGGGGGGAAAGUGUGUCCUAUGGGGCGAAAAAUACGGAAAUUAGGUUUGUUCUUUUAAAACUGCUGAUUUUGAUACAUUUCAUGCCUACUGGUUUAUAAUUUUUAAAAUUAUUUUAUGGCCAAGGUUUUAAAAACUAACAUUGCACUCCUAUACAUAUCUACUCAGGAGUAAGCUCCAUUGAGUGGAACAUAGGAAGCUACCUUAUACUGACUCAGGUCAUUGGUCUAUGUAGUUCUCAGUAUCAUUUGUAGUUCUCAGCAGUGGCACCUUCCCUGUGGGACACCCUCCCAUCAGUUGUCGAGGAGAUAAAGAACUACACAACUUUUAGGAGACAUGCGAAGGCAGUCCUGUAUCAGGAAGUUUUUUUUAAUUUUUGACAUUUUAUUACGUUUUUAUAUCUUGAUGGAAAAUGACCAUAAUGGCUGGGGGAACCCAGCCAGAUGGGUGAGGUAUUAUUAUUAUUAUUAACCAAUUGACGGCAGCUUUCCAAGAUUUCAGAUGGGGUUAUCUUCCAGCUGGGACCUUUUGCAUUCAAGGCAUGUGUUCUACCACUGAGCUGUGGCCCUCCUGCAUUGACAGCCCUGAACAGUCUGGAGUGGAGAUGCAGUGCUGCUUCUGUGCAUUCAUUUGCCUGUAAGAUGACACCUGAAGGGCCCCAAAAGCUCUCUCUUGGAGGAUGAGAUUUGACCUCAUGAUCUGUUCACUCCAGGUCAUAGCUGCCAACUAGUGGGGGGACUUGGCUGUGGGUUCCGACAGCGCAGGUUCCGAAGUAACUUCCGGUUUCUACUGAAAGUCACACUGGAAGCCCAACAUGACUUCCAAGGCAACGUCGGAGGCCCUGCCAGGCUUCUGACACAACUUCCGGUACAAACCAAAGUCACAUUGGAGGUCUUGGACAUGAUCGCCAAGGCCCCGUGAGGCCUCGGACGUUAUCUCAGAAGCCAGGCCUCAGAAGCACCUCUGUAGCUUGCUGAUUAAUGUGAUGUUGUGACAUCACGACUUCACAACAUCAAGUUAAGUCAUGGAUGCCAUUGGGCACCCAUAUCCUAGGGACCAAGUUGGCGCCCCUGCUCCAGGUCUACCUUUUUUGCAGUCAUUUUCUUUUAUGACUUCUUCCCCUCUCGUCUUUUUCCAGGAUGCCAGAAAGAGCCCAGAGCAAGAGCUAACAGUUCAGAAACCAAAGGAGCUAAUUGGGACACCAACUGGCACGCCUUUCUCUUUUCAUCCAGAAAGACAAGAAACUUACGUACGUGUCUGCAAAAUUAACAGAGUCUGUUCCAUCAAAGAAAACAGAACAUUUGACCUAAACAAAUCAUGGGCUAAGGGUGAUUUUCCUUUGGUGUCUUUAAUCAACUAUUCCGUCGUCCUUUGGCCCUGGAAAAUAUUUCACGCAAAUAAAACUGAAACCCCAACUGCACAGA